AGGCCCUGGGAUCUGCCGGCAGGACAGAACAUUCCCGGAGAGGACGCGGUGCGCAUCAGCUGAGCCGGCGGGGUACUCUCUGUACACAAACAAGGAUUAUCCGCAUCUGCGCGCCUGCUGAGGCGGAUACAAGAAGCGCUGCCUGGAGGGGCUUGUGUUCAGAUCCCCUCUGGCGUGAUCCAGCGACCGUCCGCACAUCCCCAUGAAGAUGCGUCUCAUCCAGAACAUGUCCACUAUCGCGGAGUACCCUGCGCCCGAGUGCCCGGCGGGCAGAGUGAUUAAAAUCGCCGUCAUUGGGGCCAGCGGGGUAGGAAAAACUGCUCUGGUGGUAAGGUUUCUAACCAGGCGCUUCAUUGGAGACUACGAGAGAAACUCGGGUACACUUUACACCAGAGAAAUCCAAGUUGAUGGAGAACAAGUGGCCAUACAGGUUCAAGAUACACCUGGUGUCCAGGUGUGCGGGCUGUCCGGCGAGCAGGUGGCCCGUUCUGUGCGGUGGGCGGACGCGGUGGUGCUGGUCUACUCCGUCACGGACCGCCAGAGCUUCGAGCUCGUCGGCCAGCUGCACCAGCAGGUGCGGCAGGUGCACCCGGACAGCAGGGUGCCCGUCGCCCUGGUGGCCAACAAGGCCGACCUCCUGCAUGCCAAGCAGGUGGAGCCGCAGCAGGGCCUGAAGCUGGCCGGGGCGCUGGGCUGCGCCUUCUGCCAGGUGUCGGCCAGCGAGAACUACAACGACGUGCACAACGCCUUCCACCUGCUGUGCCGCGACCUGAACAAGCAGCCGCCGCCGCCCAGCGGCUCGGAGAAGCGCAGGACCUCCCUCAUCCCCCGGCCCAAGUCCCCCAACAUGCAGGACCUGAAGAGGAGGUUCAAGCAGGCCCUGUCCGCCAAAGUGAGGACGGUGACCUCGGUGUGAAGCGCCGCGCGGGGCUGGAGGGGCGCUCCAGUGAGGACCCACGCCGAGCAGCCGAGCUCCCGCCUCCUCGCCGAGGUGUGACGGAGAAGCGGAGUCGAUUCUCGCCCCCGCAGGGGCAGCGGAGCCUUUCGAGAGGGUGACCGAGCAUGUGACUCUGGACUGCGAUGGGGAGGGAGGGUCGCCUACUUCCUGGAUCUGUUGCAGUGAAGUGACGUGUGGACCGCCGCUCCGGAGGGGCAGAGUGCCUGCCCUGGUCCGUUAGUGGAGCGACGCUUUAAACGGACGCACAUCUGGGGUUGGAUGGGAUCACUCGGCAUCCAGCUGGAGUGGAAGCUGACUUGACCUUUUCCCUUGGCAACCUGAGCUCUGAAGGACAGGCAGGGUGGUUUAGAGGCUGGCUUGAUGAAGGUGACAGCGGAGGCUCUCGAACCCCAGUCCUUUCCUCUAUCUGGUGUCCCCUUUCUUGCAGGGACCUGGAGCUCGUGUCUUGUCUAGCCUGUGCUCGUGUUUUGUAAGCAGAGCUUCUGCUUUGUGUAUUGAGCUGCUGUUACACAUCACUAGAAACAAGACGAGGGAUUGCCUGGGUGUGUUUGCUGUGGGGUAGCGGAUGCCCACUGAGACUCUGCUGAAGUCUCUCUGAAUGCACUUUAUUGAAGCCGUAAGUGUUUUUGCUUGGCAACUGUAAGUUAUUAUACCAGCUACUUUCUCCUGAGGAGGAGGUCCUUUUGGUCAUCUGUUUCAAAAUAAAAUUUUGAACAAAUCACUUAACUGCUUUGUUGU